AUUGUACUUGUAAUUAAUGAUGUUAAUUACACUCCUGAUCAACCGAUUCAAGCGAUGAUUGACAUAAUAGCUUUCGAUUCAGAUUAUGAUCCUCUUACUAACUAUAUUAAGGAAAAGAGAUAUUAUGAAUUAACUACUCCAGAAGCUAUUAAAUCAAUUUCAAGUUUUGAUAAUUCAAUUAUCACGAUGAACACGUAUACUUUGGUUCUAAACCAGGUAUAAUUUAUUACCAUUUUAGCUAUUAUAAAAUCAGAGAUUUUAACGAACUCUUUUUUGUAGCUCUACCAAUUUGUAUAUAAUCGUAAAAUUGAGGAGGUUAUAAGACCAAAUUGGAUGAAUGAUUUUGGUUUUCCUCCUAGUUAUGAAAAUAAAUCACAUAUUGAAUCUACUUUAUUGGCAACUUUAUUACCAAUAAAUUUGGGUAACAAUUCGGUAUUGUUUAGUGUACAUCCUAAGGGUAAUACCGUUCAGAUAAACAAAGAAGUUAGAAAUCGUACGUACUUAGGUGGUGUAGGUUUAAUAGGUGGUGCGUGGGGAUUAGCAGCAGCAGUAUACGCAUUACUUUUUGGCGCGGACACGUUACGACCAUGGGGAGUUGUACAAUCAUAUUGCUGCGGAUUUUCUCGAUUAACACAAAAAAAGCUUGAAAAGACUUUACCAACUAUUCCAUUCUUUGAUACAAUAAAUCCUGAUAUUAAAAAUCAUCCUUCAAAACAUGCUCUUUCUUCAGCUGAACAAAAUAAAUUGAUUUUAACAAGAAUUGAUAGUUUGGAAUUAUUUUUACAAGAAUAUGUUGUUGAUGUACAUUAUUUAAAUGGUAUUCGGGAUAAAUUAUCUAAAGAAAGAGCGACUUUGACUUCUACAACUGACGUCAUGAAUAAUCUUAAUAAUCAAACGAUACGAGAUAUGAGAGUAGGAUUUGAUAAUUUAAAUACAAAUUCAAUGUAUACACCGAUUUCUGCUACAGCUACGCAGCAACAACAAGAAGGUUUAAUGAUUACAGUUCCACCACAAUCAAGUACAACUAGUAUUUCUGAUACAAAUAAUACUUUGUAUAAUAAUAAUCUAAGUCAACAAAAUCCUUUAUCUCAACAACAACAAUAAUUUAUAUAGGUUUUAUAGCGAAAGUAACAGAAUUUUAGCUGUAAAAUGUUAACUUUUAGAAAUUAAUAAUUGA